AUGCCAUCGGUUGGAUGCUCUGUGCCUUUGAGACGUUGGGACCUCGGAUAUAUUACGGCUCUGUCAUCAUCGAUACUUCGCCAGCAGAAAUAUGCGAUGCAGCCUCUGGAUCAAAUUGUUGUCAGGCGAGAUCCACGCGGCGUCAUGAAAAUAAUUCGUCAGCUGAUUGGUCAUAGCGGCUUGAAUGAAACUGAGGCCGAGGGAAGCUUCAUGAUAAGUGAGAUCUGCUGUGUCGAGGCUUGA